UUUUUUUUUUUUUUUCCUUGUUGUUCUUUCGUAUUUAUUAUUUCAACGCACAAACACAGCCUAGUCAACCCGCACAGCCUAGUCACACCCAUGUUCGACCAAUUGAGCACAUUCGGGUUUCUGUUCCAAGGGCCAGUGCUUCCGAUUGGCACCUGGUCCUUCCUGCUGACCGUGGCAUGCUUCUUUGUGUCGACCCCUUUCUACCGCUUGGUGUCGUCGCACUACCGCACACUCUCCCGCGAGCAACAAGUCGACUGGAACUCCAGAUCCGCUUCCUCAUUGCAUGCCAUUGUGACGACCAUUCUGCCAUUGUGGCUCAUGUUCACAGACCCAGAGCUCCGCGCAGACCCAGUCAACUACGCGCCGGUGGUGGCCCAUCAAAUGAUGGCCAUCACUGUUGGCUAUCUCGCCGGCGACUUUCUCGUCGUGUUCAGCCACCAAAAGCAGUUUGGCGUUGCCAUCUCUCGGCAGACCAUGCUCCAUCAUUUCAUUGGCGUCGUCGGGUUUUCAAUCAUGAUUCUCUUCCGCGUGUUUUCCUGGUUUGCCAUCUUCCGACUCUCUUCUGAGGCGUCGACUGUAUUUAUUAACAUUCGCUGGAUGCUGGCGACCAACCCGAAGUGGAAAUCAUCGUGGCUGUACAUUCUGAAUGGCAGUGUUAUGACUAUCGUGUUCUUUGCCUUCCGUGUCGGUUCGCUACCGUACUACUACUACGUUCUGGUGGACGCUUGGCCAAACAUGGUUGCCACACGCGAAACGUGGCAAAUUAUCACCUUGCUCGUCUUUGGCAGCACCAUCGAUACCCUGAAUGUCUAUUGGUUUUCCAAGAUUUGGGGUGGACUUAUGAGCAUGGUACGACCGCGGUCCAAGACCCAAUAAUAAUAAUAAAGGAUUUGUUGCGACUGAGAAA